CCACCAAAACCAAUUUCAAAGAUUACUAAAAAUUCCCCUUCAAAAAACUCUAUCUUUCAAAAGGAAAAGAAAUCCAAGCAAAUCUGCAAAUCAUGAGCUCCGCAGCAGCAACAACCACCAAAGGAGGCCGAGGCAAGUCAAAGGCUAAAGCCGUUUCCCGAUCCAGCAAAGCCGGACUCCAAUUCCCCGUUGGUCGAGUUGCACGUUUCCUCAAGAAGGGACGAUACGCCGAGCGCGUCGGAUCUGGAUCCCCUGUCUAUCUCUCUGCCGUUCUCGAGUAUCUAGCUGCUGAGGUUUUGGAAUUGGCUGGAAACGCAGCAAGGGACAACAAGAAGAACAGAAUCAUUCCAAGGCACAUUCAGUUGGCUGUGAGGAACGACGAAGAAUUGAGCAAGCUGUUGGGAGGUGUGACGAUUGCAAAUGGUGGGGUUCUGCCAAACAUUCAUCAGAAUCUGUUGCCAAAGAAGGCUUCGAAAGGGAAGGGCGAGAUUGGUUCUGUUUCUCAAGAAUUUUAGAGGAUCUUGCAGUGCAUUGGAAUGAUUAUUUUUGGGAUAGCAUGUAAUGAAACAGUUCGUUUUUUACAUGUAUAAAUCUGUUAGUAAAGAAAGCGUAGAAUUGAAUCAUUUAUUCUAA